CUCAUCUCAGGUCAACACCUGUCUCAUCCUCGACGCUCCGAGAAAGUUUCAAUCCAAUUUAAACAAUCAUGAAGCUGAUCGUCGCUUUGGCUUUCGUUGCCGCCGUUGCCUAUGCCGCUCCACCUCAAAAUAAAGUUCCACACGACAACGUGUUGUUAGUCAAAGAGACACCCCUUGACAACAUAGGCGUGGAUGGGUACCAGUAUGGCUACGAGCUUUCCAACGGCCAGUCCCAUCAGGAAAGCGCCGAACUGAUUAAUCAAGGAACCGAGAACGAGCAUCUUGUUGUCCGUGGCACUUACUCUUACGUUGACCCUGAAACCAACGUUAAAUUCACCGUCAACUAUAUCGCUGAUGAGAAUGGUUACCAACCACAGGGCGAACACCUCCCCCACUAAAUUGUACACACUUGUUAGCUUUAAAUAAAUGUCUCACUUUUAAGAACAA